AUGAAACACCGAUUCGUCGCUGCGACAUACCAUCAAAGUCUCCCGUCGGUGUUGGUCGUGAGGAUCUACAUUAUUCCAUAUGACCUCCCCGGCGUCCAGGGCCAGCUUCGGAUUCGAAAACAGCCUGUUCUUAAUCGUGCCCGGCGUUCGUUAAGACUUCUACUUAGCGUUGUGGAGCAAAGUGCGAUGGCGUGGGAUGGAAGUGCAUCUGAGGGAGUGCCAUUGUUUUCAACCGCUUCUGACUCCCGUACUCUAGCCGAAAUCUAUGGAGAACUUCCAUCGCCCAGCGUUUGCGAAAAUCCGACGAACAAUCAUGGUACAAUGGAAAUCUUGCGAGAGAGGCCAAUGGUUGCGCCCAACCGUGGCGGCGUACUGUGCGAGGAACUCGGCACCGGAAAAACUGUGAUGACCCUCACCCUCAUCAUGGCAACUUUGCAUCAGCUAUCAGCUCCAGAAGAAUCAAUCAUUGAUGUGCGCCCAGUCCUGACUCCACUAUCACUUCGAUAUUUUCCAUCAGCGGAGAUGUCGGCGGCGCGAAACCGUCUCAUGCGCUCCCGUCGUCAAAAAUCAACUAAUGUUCCCGCUCUUGGCGUUCCAUCUCUCCCUGAAUUGCUGUUGCAUCAAAUAUUUUCGAGCAACACCAAUUUCGGGCUCUUUUCCAGAGCAACAUACCAGUUUUACCAUCAUUACGAUACAGAGCCCAUCGACAAUGAACGUUUUCAGCGUCGUAAGGGUACUGCGGGGCCUCGUACCAUGUAUCUGACCUCUGCGAACCUUGAUCGUCGGUACCUUCUAAUCUCAUCAGCCAAUGGGAUCGGAGAAGUACACAAGCAUUGCGAGCGUGAGCUUAGAGCACUGGCAUCGGACUACGACAUCAUUCUUAUGACCUAUUCUCGGUUCACUGCGGAGAAUCUCGCGAAAGAUGUAUCAAAGCUACACUCAUGGAAAAUCUGCAAAUGUGAUGAAUUCCCAGGAACUAGGAUACCAAACUGUAGCUGCGAGAUCCCAAACGUCUCCCCGCUUUUACAAAUUAGAUGGAAGCGUCUCGUUAUCGAUGAAGGGCACGUCUCAGCAUCCAUGUCCACCACCCUGACGCCGUUCACAAAGCUCCUGAGCAUCGAACAUCGCUGGAUCGUCACCGGGACUCCAACUACGAAUCUUCUAGGACUCAAUUUCGGCGCAAAGACGGACGACAUACAGGAGCAGGAUGAUGAUGAAGGAGACGCGGAAUUUUGGGAACUUUUCAAAGAUCCAGAGGGAUCCGCUUCUCAAUCGCGUGAAGUUACACCUCCUACGAUGAAGCAAGCCAGGAUAUGGAACAAGUACGAUCGGGAGGACCUCCGGAAACUGGGGAAUAUGAUAACGCAUUUCGUCGAACUCACGUCACCUGAGCCUCUCAUGGAUCCGGAUGGACCUCGGCCCGGUGCGAUUGAAGUUUUGACGCAAGUUAUGAGUAUGGUGAUGGUACGACAUAGGGUUGAAGACGUCGAGGCUGAUGUUGUCCUGCCCCCCAUUAACAAGGAGGCUAUCUUUUUGGAUCUAGAUCCAUAUGCAGUGCGCUCGUAUAAUGCUUUGCAGGCGGCCAUUGCAAUCAACGCUGUGGACUCUGAACGACGAGAUCAAAACUCGGAUUUGCUCCAGGAGCUCGUUUCGAAUAUGACACAGAUCAUGUUCUGGUCUGUUGACGAGCAUCUGUACAACGCCGACGAGAUCAUGACAAGGCCAAAGGUUCACAUAGAAACUGCGAUCAACCGCAAUGCGUCCCAAGAAGAUUUGGAGCUGAUCACUCAGGCGAUAGAGCACAUCCAGCUAGCAGCGGACGAUAAGACAUGGAGAAAUAUCCAAGAUCACGUCGAGAGAUGGACGCGUAUACCCGGAGUCCAGAGUCAGGAUGGCAGCCAUAAUACCUUCGCUGGCCUUAUGCACCCGGAUAGGCUGGUCACGAUGAGAAACACCAUCUCUCAGCAGCCUCUCAUCACGGUAGGACGUAUGCUCGAGCUUGGAACCGCCAUCGCCGAAAGGGAUCACGCUAAGCAGCUCUUGUUCACCGAAUCGACAAAGAAAAUGGAUCUUCGCAAGCGCAAGGCUAGCCGGCUGCAUGAGGAUGCCAAGAAAGCGGCGUCUCCAGAGAAGUUGAGAGAGAUGAAGAAGGAACUGGAUGCGGCGCUGUCAAGACUUGAGCGCUUAGAGAAAGAGGAUGCUGAUCCAUUAGACGCGGGUCCUCGAACCCUUCCUGAAGUACCAUCAGUACUCCUUUCGCGCUCGCCCUUUCGACAUAUCCGGAUUAAAGAUUCGGCGUCAAGUAAACUCAAUUACAUUAUCAACGAGGUGCUUCGAUACGCGCAGAAUGAGAAAUUCUUAAUCUUUUCGGAUUCGGCUUUGACUUUAGCUCAUGUUGCCGACGCUCUCGAUCUUUUGCAGGUCAAGUAUCUGCGCUUCAUGUCUCAUGUGCCCACGCAAGUUCGUGAGCAGUUUGUCUUGACCUUUGAGACCUCGGAGACGUACCGAGUAUUCCUCAUGGAAUUGAAGCAUGGAGCUCGUGGGCUAAACCUUGUAUCCGCGUCGCGAGUCAUUUUCUGUGAGCCUGUGUGGCAGCCCGAUGUCGAAAGUCAGGCAAUCAAACGUGCUCAUCGGAUUGGACAGACUAAGCAUAUAUCAGUCAAGACGUUGGCGAUUCGUAAUACUGCUGAAGAAAAUAUGAAUCCGCGGUUCAUUACGGAGCGGCCAAAGUUUCUACCGUCUGUGGAGUUUCCUCUGUUCAAUAUCCCGACACAGGACCCGGCAGGGUUAGAUCCCGAUGCCGUUAUGGUAGGAAUGGAUCUACGACAGGAUACAGUGACGCCACCCGCGUCAAUACCAGCAAAAAGGAAGGCCCGGGCAUUUAGUCCGCUACCCUCUGAGCCAGUUGAAGGUGUUAUUCAGAGUGACAUAUCUGUCGCUGGUGUGUUUAGGCCUCCUCUCCCGAAAAAGAAAAAGAAAGGCGUGCGAUUCGAAGCCAGCUAG